AUGGAGCGGGGGGCGCCGGGCGCCUGCCUCGCGCUGCUGUGGGGCUGGGUGCUGGCCGCGGCGGCCGCGCAGGGCAAGGAAGUUGUGCUGUUGGACUUUGCUGCUGCUAAAGGGGAACUCGGCUGGCUCACGAGCCCGUAUGGCAAAGGGUGGGACCUGAUGCAAAACAUCAUGGACGACAUGCCCAUCUACAUGUACUCUGUGUGCAACGUGGUGGCUGGUGACCAGGACAACUGGCUCCGCACCAAUUGGGUGUACCGUGGCGAGGCCGAGCGCAUCUUCAUUGAGCUCAAGUUCACCGUGCGUGACUGCAACAGCUUCCCCGGCGGCGCCAGCUCCUGCAAGGAGACCUUCAACCUCUACUAUGCCGAGUCCGACGUGGACUAUGGCACCAACUUCCAGAAGCGCCAUUUCACCAAGAUCGACACCAUCGCGCCGGACGAGAUCACGGUCAGCAGUGACUUCGAGGCGCGCCACGUGAAGCUGAACGUGGAGGAGCGCUCCGUGGGGCCGCUCAGCCGCAAGGGCUUCUACCUGGCCUUCCAGGACAUUGGCGCCUGCGUGGCGCUGCUGUCCGUCCGCGUCUACUACAAGAAGUGCCCCGAGCUGCUGCAGGGUCUGGCCCGCUUCCCCGAGACCAUCGCGGGCUCCGAUGCGCCCUCCUUGGCCACUGUGGCUGGCACCUGCGUGGACCAUGCGGUGGUGCCCCCUGGGGGUGAAGAGCCCCGCAUGCACUGCGCAGUGGACGGCGAGUGGCUGGUGCGCAUUGGUCAGUGUCUGUGCCAGGAAGGCUACGAGAAGGUGGAGGAUGCCUGCCAGGCUUGCUCGCCUGGAUUCUUCAAGUCCGAGGUGUCCGAGAGCCCCUGCUUGGAGUGCCCUGCACACACCCUGCCGUCCUCCGAGGGGGCCACCCACUGCGAGUGCGAGGAAGGCUACUUCCGGGCAGCAUCGGACCCACUGUCCACGCCCUGCACCCGCCCACCCUCUGCCCCGCACUACCUUACGGCCGUGGGCAUGGGCGCCAAAGUGGAGCUGCGCUGGACACCCCCCCAGGACAACGGGGGCCGCGAGGACAUCACUUACAGCGUCAGCUGUGAACAGUGCUGGCCGGAGUCCGGCGAGUGUGGGCCCUGCGAGGCCAGCGUGCGCUACUCGGAGCCGCCGCACGGGCUCACCCGCACCAGCGUGACCGUCAGCGACCUGGAGCCGCACAUGAACUACACCUUUGUCGUGGAGGCCCGCAACGGCGUCUCAGACCUGGUGACCAGCCGCAGCUUCCGCACGGCCAGCGUCAGCAUCAACCAGACAGAGCCCCCUAAGGUGAGGCUGGAUGGCCGCAGCACCAGCUCGCUGAGCGUGUCCUGGAGCAUCCCCCAACCACAGCAGAGCCGUGUCUGGAAGUAUGAAGUCACCUACCGCAAGAAGGGCGACUCCAACAGCUACAAUGUGCGCCGGACCGAGGGCUUCUCCGUGACGCUGGACGACCUGGCUCCGGACACCACUUACCUGGUCCAGGUGCAGGCGCUGACGCAGGAGGGCCAAGGUGCUGGCAGCAAGGUGCAUGAGUUCCAGACGCUGUCCACGGAAGGAUCUAGCAACAUGGCGGUGAUUGGCGGUGUGGCCGUCGGCCUGCUCCUGCUGCUGGCGCUGGCGGGAGUUGGUAUCUUCAUCCAUCGCAGGAGGAGGAGCCUCCGCGCCCGCCAGUCCUCAGAGGAUGUUUACUUCUCCAAGUCAGAACAACUGAAGCCCCUGAAGACUUAUGUGGACCCACACACGUAUGAGGAUCCCAACCAGGCUGUGCUCAAGUUCACCACCGAGAUCCACCCAUCCUGCGUCACGCGGCAGAAAGUGAUCGGAGCAGGAGAGUUUGGGGAGGUGUACAAGGGGACACUGAAGGCGUCGGGGAAGAAGGAGGUACCCGUGGCCAUCAAGACGCUGAAAGCUGGCUACACAGAGAAGCAGCGGGUGGACUUCCUGAGCGAGGCCAGCAUCAUGGGCCAGUUCAGCCACCAUAACAUCAUCCGCCUGGAGGGCGUCGUCUCCAAAUACAAGCCCAUGAUGAUCAUCACCGAGUACAUGGAGAACGGGGCCCUGGACAAGUUCCUUCGGGAGAAUGAUGGCGAGUUCAGCGUCCUGCAGCUGGUGGGCAUGCUGCGGGGCAUCGCGGCUGGCAUGAAGUACCUGGCCAACAUGAACUACGUCCACCGUGACCUGGCCGCCCGCAACAUCCUGGUCAACAGCAACCUGGUCUGCAAGGUGUCUGACUUCGGCCUGUCCCGAGUGCUGGAGGACGACCCCGAGGCCACCUACACCACCAGCGGUGGCAAGAUCCCCAUCCGCUGGACGGCCCCAGAGGCCAUUUCCUACCGCAAGUUCACCUCAGCCAGUGAUGUGUGGAGCUAUGGCAUCGUCAUGUGGGAGGUGAUGACAUAUGGUGAGCGGCCCUACUGGGAGCUGUCGAACCACGAGGUGAUGAAAGCCAUAAACGACGGCUUCCGGCUCCCCACGCCCAUGGACUGCCCCUCGGCCAUCUACCAGCUCAUGAUGCAGUGCUGGCAGCAGGAGCGGGCCCGCCGCCCCAAGUUUGCCGACAUCGUCAGCAUCCUGGACAAGCUCAUCCGGGCUCCCGACUCCCUCAAGACCCUGGCUGACUUUGACCCUCGGGUGUCCAUCCGGCUGCCCAGCACCAGCGGCUCAGAGGGGGUGCCCUUCCGCACGGUGUCCGAGUGGCUCGAGUCCAUCAAGAUGCAGCAGUACACGGAGCACUUCCUGGCCGCCGGCUACACCGCCGUGGAGAAGGUGGUGCAGAUGACCAAUGAAGACAUUAAGAGGAUUGGGGUGCGGCUGCCCGGCCACCAGAAACGCAUCGCCUACAGCCUGCUGGGACUCAAGGACCAGGUGAACACAGUGGGGAUCCCCAUCUGAGCCCCGACAGGGUCUCGCACCUGCCUCGGCCAAGAAUACUUGAAGAAACAAUGGGCCACCCCGCUGGCUCCGCGCUGGGCUGCCAGGGACCUUAUUUAUUUCUAGUUUUCUUAUCGAUGUCACCCUGAGGCCUCUGCUGGGGGCUCUUGACUGACCCCUAGGCCUGAACUGAGAUGCUCAGGGACCCUGGGCUGGGGGGCCCCCUCACCCAUCUUGGACAGACAGCCAAGCACUUAGCAGGCGAAGCCAUGUUCCCAGCACCCCCCAGGGCAGGAGCCCUGCCACAGCCUCUGGACUUACACGGACAUCUCCAAACUGUGCCCCGCUUCACCUUCUUGGGGGAGGAGAGCCUGUGGCCAUGUGAACAGGGUACCUCAAGCCCCCCCACUCACCAUCAGCAGAUACUCAGUCAACUCAGCGGGGGGCUCUUGAACUGACACAAGGCCUGAAUGGAGAUGCUCAGGGACCCCGGGCUGGGGUCCCCACAGUGGUGCCCUCCAGUGCCUUCCUCCAACCCCAGGCCCUAUCCUCAGUCCCGCGGGCCAAACUCUUGCUUCUCCCGGGCCCUCACAGGAUGCUUGGUUGUGUUGAGCUUUUAAAAGUAUAUAUAUUUUGUAUUUUAUGGAGAGAAUGUGUGUGUGGCAGGGGCCCGGCGAGGGCUGGGACAGAAGACGGCCUGUACAGACAUUCCCGGGCUGGGGCCGGUGCUGGCGGGACCCCUGCUGUCCCCAGUCCACCCAGCCCACCCUUUAGAUAAGAUUCUCUUCUCUGUCAGUGUUAAUGACUUUGUUGUUGGGUUAAUUUUUUUUUUUUUGGACCUUAAUUUAUUAUUAUUUUUUUUAUAUUUAUUGUUAGGCAAUGACUUAUUUCUGUUCUGGAAUAAAGUUUCAGAUGGU